GGUUGGUGAGUGCAGCUCAACGCUCGUUUCAAAAUCAAAGAAUUUCCACAAUCCGGAGUUGAGCCUUUAUGUAGAACUGUAGUGGUUACUAGCAACAUUUGUUGUACUUCCAUUUAUUCGGCUGUUGGAUUUGGUUGUCUUCUGCCUACUUUUUUUAUUUUGUUUUGGGUUGGAGCUGGCCCAGUUCCAAUUUUCCGGAACGCAAAAAACGUCUCCUUUUUGUUUUUCUCUCUUCACUUUGGUAUCAUCGCCCUGAGCUCCUUGCAUCAACCAUGCAGGCUCUUCAAGCCCCAUCACUUCGAGCUUCCCCUCUAAACCCUCUCCGAAAACCCAAGCUCAAUCCUCAUUUUCCCAAUGUAUCAAGACUCCCGCCCAGGCCAACCAAGAGAUUCUCUUCCAUUACCGCUUCAUCCCCCACCGUUUCUGCUCCCAAGCGCGAGAAGGACCCCAAAAAGCGGGUCGUUAUUACAGGUAUGGGAUUGGUUUCCGUUUUUGGGAAUGAUGUCGAUGCUUACUAUGAUAAAUUGCUGGCUGGAGAGAGCGGGAUCGGACCCAUCGACCGGUUCGAUGCUUCCAAGUUUCCUACCCGGUUCGCCGGUCAGAUCCGGGGGUUCUCUUCUCAAGGUUACAUUGAUGGAAAGAACGAUAGGCGACUUGACGAUUGCUUGAGGUACUGCAUUGUUGCUGGCAAGAAGGCGUUGGAAGAUGCGGAUCUCGGGGGCGAUAAGUUAUCUAAGAUCGAUAAGGAGCGAAGUGGAGUGCUUGUUGGAACUGGUAUGGGUGGUCUUUCAGUGUUCUCUGAUGGCGUUCAAAAUUUGAUAGAGAAAGGUCAUAGAAAAAUAACACCAUUCUUCAUUCCUUAUGCUAUAACAAACAUGUCAUCUGCCUUGCUUGCAAUUGAGCUUGGUUUCAUGGGUCCAAAUUAUUCAAUUUCAACUGCUUGUGCUACCUCCAAUUAUUGCUUUUAUGCUGCUGCCAACCACAUCCGUCGAGGUGAGGCUGAAUUGAUGAUUGCUGGUGGAACUGAAGCUGCAAUUAUUCCUAUCGGGCUGGGAGGUUUUGUCGCUUGUAGGGCGUUGUCUCAAAGAAAUGAUGAACCUCAAACUGCUUCACGGCCAUGGGAUAAGGAUAGAGAUGGCUUUGUAAUGGGUGAAGGAGCAGGAGUGUUGGUAAUGGAAAGCUUGGAACAUGCAAUGAAAAGAGGUGCACCAAUUAUUGCUGAGUACUUAGGUGGAGCUGUUAAUUGUGAUGCUUAUCACAUGACUGAUCCAAGAGCAGAUGGUCUUGGGGUGUCUUCGUGCAUUGAGAGAAGCCUUGAAGAUGCUGGUGUGUCCCCUGAGGAGGUUAACUACAUCAAUGCACAUGCAACUUCUACUCUUGCUGGUGACCUGGCUGAGAUAAACGCUAUUAAGAAGGUGUUCAAGAAUUCGUCGGCCAUCAAAAUCAAUGCAACAAAGUCUAUGAUAGGGCAUUGUCUGGGUGCAGCGGGUGGUUUAGAAGCCAUUGCCACUGUGAAGGCCAUUACCACAGGAUUGCUGCAUCCCUCCAUUAAUCAAUUUAAUCCAGAGCCUUCAGUUGAGUUUGACACUGUUGCCAAUAAAAAGCAGCAGCACGAAGUUAAUGUUGCAAUUUCAAAUUCUUUUGGAUUUGGUGGACAUAACUCUGUUGUGGCAUUUUCUGCCUUCAAGCCUUGAGAGUCUCGACGCUUCUGCAUUUGUUCUUUCUCCUUAGAGGGUCAGCUACACUUAUCCGUUAUCGAGAAUGCCUCAAUCUUGUAGCUUUUCUUGAGCCAAUUUCUGAUGGUCAGUGUUGUAAUAAUUUUGAGUUGAAUUUCUGGCUAGCCCAAGAAUUAUGGUGGACUCAUUUUCUUUUCCCCUUUCAAAAUUCUCUAUUUAUUUAUUAGGCUAAUCAAUCAUCAAGGACAGAUUUUGUUCUGUUCUAAAGUAUGUGGGUGAGUGGGCCAAUCAAUGUCAUAUCAAAUGUCAAGGUGGGAGCUCAAAAUUGUUCAAAAC